AUGAGCUCGUCAAAAAUCACCAAUGUGUUAGUCGUCGGAGCCAAUGGCAAUGUCGGCAAAUCAGCAAUCAAAGCCCUGCUAGAUGAGAAAUUCAACGUCUCCGGAUUGACCCGAGAUUCCUCCACCGCAGUUCUACCAGAAGGCGUCAAACACCUCAAGACAGAUUUCUCCGAAGAAUCUCUGGUCGAAGCCUUCACCAACCAAGACGCCGUCAUCAGCACAAUCUCCGGUAUCCAACCAGGCGGCUCCUUGACCAUUCAAAACGUGCUCGUAGACGUAGCCAUCAAGGCGGGCGUCAAGAUCUUCGUGCCCUCCGAAUACGGAAUUGACACCUCGGACCCUUCGGCGUCAAAAUUCAUCCCGUUCCUCUCCGACAAGAUCGAGACCCUCAACUACCUGAAGGAACGCGAGGACAAAAUCUCCUGGACGGCACUGGUAACCGGCGCCAUGUUCGACUGGGGCCUUAACAUCCCUGGUUUCGGAGGCUGGAACGUGGCGGCGCGGACUGUGACCAUCUUCGACGGCGGCGACACGCCCUAUGAGGCGACGAACCUUGAUCAGGUCGGCAGGGCUAUCGCAAAGAGCUUGAAGAAGCCGGGGCUCACAAGGAACCAAUAUGUCUAUGCCAACAGUUUCACGAUUACCCAGAAUGAGACCCUGAAGGCUCUUGAGAAGGCCACGGGUGAUAAGUUUGCCGUGUCUCAAGGUACUGUUGAUGAGCUGUGGCAGGAGGGCGCCUCGCAGGUUGAGAAUGGUCAGCCCCUUGGUACGUUGGCCAUGGUCGCCGGUGCGACUUAUGGUAAAGGUGGAUUGUCGCGUUUUUCGGUGACCAAAGGGUUAUGGAAUGAGAGGCUUGGCCUGCCUCAAGAGAAUCUGGAGGAGUUCAUCCGUGAAUAUGUAGCGGGAAAGAAAUGA